GCAGUAAAAUACUUCUCACUCAGGCGGAACAUGAAUGGCAUGUUGUGCUUAAAGUUUACUCUAUUCCUAGUUGUUUUCUGUUUACUUGCUGAUAACGCCGAUAGUGUGUGGAGAAGAAGACGUAGACGAUGCCGUAGGGUUGAUUGUCAAUGGGGACAGUGGUCUGAGUGGUCUGAGUGCACUAAACCAUGUGGUUUUAAUGGCGUUAAUAUUAGAAGUAGAUCUGUUGUAAGGCAAAGCUCAUGCGGUGGCAGAGCUUGUGAAGGUAGUAACGUGGAAAACAAACAAUGCAAACUUCGAUGUCAACACGGUUCCCUAUUUAACAAUAAAUGCAAAUGUAAGAAAGGUUGGAGUGGAGAAUGUUGUGAUAUUGAUAUUAACGAAUGCUUGAAUAAUCAACAUAAUUGUAGUCAAAUAUGUAUAAACACAUAUGGUUCUUUUGAGUGUAAAUGUAAAAGAGGUUAUUUUCUCUCAUUGGCUAAUUCUACGUGUUUAGAUAUAGAUGAAUGUACAUCAGGCCUACACAAUUGUACAGCUAAUUCAAAAUGCAAUAAUACUGAAGGAAGUUAUCAAUGUGGAGAAUGUAAGAAAGGUUACACUGGAAAUCAGGAAAUAGGAUGCAAAAAUAUUAGAGUAUGCUCAAACGAUGGAUUGUGCCCAUACGAUCAUUCCGAAUGCAAAGACGUUUCUACUCUACAGAACGGUUACCGAUGCGUUUGUAAGAAAGGAUACGCUGGAAAUGGUACUGAAUGCGGUAUUGAUAAUGAUGGAGAUGGUAUUUCAGAAGAAGAAUUAACCUGCUGUCAAAAAGACACAUGUCCCAAUUUUGAUAACAAUAGAAUAGAGAAUUUUACAAAUUUUGUUCCAUAUUUCUAUAAAUCGAAUUUUCUAGAUGCGCCAAUCUGGAAAGUUGAUAACAAUACUGUUACUCAAUUGCGCAAUUCAUUUCCAACAGUAUUCUUAAAUGAUUAUGUCUUUAAUGGAGUUGAUUUACAGCUAAUUAUCUCUGUUAACAGUUCAAAUGAAUAUAAAGAUAACGAUUAUAUAGGUUUGGUAUUUGGUUUUAUUAACUCAACUAACUACAUAGCUGCUCUAUGGAAAAGAGAGGAUCAAAUUUACAAUGGCUUUGCUGCGUAUGCUGGAUUACAUAUAAAAGCUAUUAAAGCAUCUACUUGGCCUGUACAAGUUAUUCCAAACCUCUUGUGGAGUACAAAUUCGGUGGAAGAUCAAACAGAAACAAUAUGGAAGGACACUCGCAAAGUUCCAUGGGAGUAUGAUGUCGAUUAUUAUUUUAGAUUGGAAUAUAGGCCAAAGUAUAAAAAGAUGAGUCUUACAGUGGAAAGAUUAAAGGCAAGACCAUAGUGAAAACGACGUUAAACUUAGGGACUCGACCUAAUAUAGAUAACACGAUUAUCAUAGAGACUGAUAUCCUAGAAAAUAAAGCUUUUAAAAGAGGAAGGAUCGGCUUGUACACAGAUUCACAGCCCAACGUUAAUUUCUCAAAUAUGACUUAUAUAUGCACUGAGAGACAAUUGGAUGUUUAUUACAAUGAUAGUAGAUUGAGAAAGAAGCCUGUUAAAUGAUAGCGAAGAUUCUAUUCAGCUACCUUUACCUAAAUGAAAAUAAAAACGAAUUUGAUACGACUCAAGGAUGGUUGAAAAAUUGAAUUUUCAAAUAUAAACAUUAUAUAACCCCAAUAGAAAUUAUUAAUGAAUCGAAUCAUUUAUGCUAAAUACAUUUAUAUCUAUACUCAUGAUUCCUCUUA